AUGUCAACCGUUCCAGAGAAUGCAAACGAGAGCUGUCCUGGGACGGAGAGUCAGAAUGCAGGGAAAGUCGGAGCUUGUGCUGGAUGUCCCAAUCAGAAGUUUUGCGCUUCAGGGGAGAAACCAGUAGAUCCAGAUGUUGAGUUCAUUCGACAGAGACUUUCAGAAGUUAAGAACAAGGUAACUUAUUUCCAAAAAUUCACUAGUGAAUAGCAUGUCCAUUAUGGGCCGAUUUCUGAAAUCCUUGCAAAUAUCCUCAACAACAUUGUGAUGAUUUCGAGUGGCCCGCCCUAUACUACUACUUAAGAAAAAAGUACAUCAUAAAAAGUACAUAAAAAUCAUAAAAAUGGAUGUCAUUUAUGAAAUCAGCACCAUUUAAAAUCCCCCCAUAAUCGAGUAUUUCUAUAAAAAAUUUUAAAAAUUACUUUUUAACAGAAAAUACAGUUUUUACAAAACUACAGGGGUGUUGAGGAUAUUUUAAAGGACUUCAGAAAUCUGCGCAUUAUGGUACCUGCCCGUAAUGGGCCGUUGCCGUGAAUAGUUUCCUCAAGGCUUUUUGGUACACAUUUUAGAUAUUGAUCCUCUCUGGAAAAGGAGGUGUUGGGAAAAGUUCGGUUACCUCUAAUUUGGCAUUGGCUCUUGCUGCAGAUCCUAACGUCCAAGUUGGAGUUCUGGAUGUGGAUAUUUGUGGCCCUUCCCAGGCCCGUCUCUUUAAUGUCGAGGACGAAACCGUACAUGAUAGCGCCUCCGGUUGGUCUCCCGUGUCUGUAAAAGACAAUUUGGUGAUAAUGUCGAUAGCUUUUCUUCUUGAGAGUCGAUCCAAUGCCGUCGUUUGGAGGGGUCCACGUAAGAAUGCAAUGAUCAAGAAGUUCCUCAAAGACGUUGAUUGGGGACAGCUCGACUAUCUCCUCAUUGACACACCGCCGGGAACUUCUGACGAACACAUUUCUAUUGUUCAGUUGUUGCUGGAAGCGUCGACUGUAAAUGGCGCCUUAGUGGUUACAACUCCUCAGGAAGUGUCUCUUUUAGAUGUUCGAAAGGAAGUAAGUACUAUGAAUUGGUAUGAAUAAAUAAUCUAAUUAGUUACGGUAUUGAUAUGUAUAUUUAGAUAAAUUUCUGCCAGAAAACCAAACUUCCUGUCCUCGGUGUAGUGGAGAACAUGAGUUCGUUUGUAUGUCCUUGCUGCCAACAUGAGACCGCUCUCUUUCCGCCAACAAGCGGUGGUGCUCAACAAAUGGCUAAGGAAUUGGAUCUGGAACUCUUGGCCAAACUCCCGCAAGAUCCUAGACUGGCCUCGACCCUGGAUGUUGGGGAGGAUUUCUUGGAGAAAUACCCAGACUCGGCUGUGGCCAAAGCUUUUAUUGGGUUGGCCAAAAAGUUAAAGCAGAUCUGCGGGAAUUGA